GGCCGCCGCGCAGGAUUCCCGGAGCUGCCGCCGCUGCUGCUGCCGUUAGUGCUGCUGCGUCUUCUUGGCUGCCGCCGUUCGCGGGCAUUGAGCCACCGCCUCUCUCCUCGCCCGGCUCCUGUGCGAGAGGAUGUGCCAGAGCACAGCAGUGUAAGACUGGAAAGAUCUGGGCUGAAUGGACUUUAGCAUCAAAAGAAGUUCUCCUCUGUUAACUCGAAAAAUUGCUAACCACAUCAAAAUGAAGCAGGUACCAGAGAUCCUUGGAAAUGCCAAUGGGAAAACACAGAAUUGUGAAGUGAAUCGUGAGUGUUCUGUCUACUUAGGCAAAGCACAACUUUCUGCCGCUCUACAGGAGGGUGUCAUGCAAAAAUAUAAUGGCCAUGAUGCCCUUCCAUUUAUUCCAGCCGAUAAACUGAAAGACCUGACUUCUCGUGUGUUUAAUGGCGAGUCCGGGGCACAAGAUGCCAAGCUGCACUUUGAUCCCCAGGAGAUAAAAGGAGUUGGAACACCACCCAACACUACUCCUAUCAAGAAUGGCUCUCCAGAGAUUAAGCUGAAAAUCACUAAAACCUACAUGAAUGGAAAGCCUCUUUUUGAAUCUUCCAUUUGUGGAGACAGUGGAGCAGCUGUGUCCCAGUCAGAGGAAAAUGAACAAAAACCAGCAAACAAGGAGAGGAGAAAUAGAAAAAGAAGCAUAAAAUAUGACUCCUUUCUUGAGCAGGGUCUUGUUGAAGCAGCGUUAGUAUCGAAGACUUCAAGCCCCUCUGAAAAGAAGACUCCUGCUAAGAAAGAUUCAAUUCCAAGUACUGUGAAAGAAGACAAAAUCCAUGUGUUGAAGUACAAUAUAGGGGAUUUAGUGUGGUCUAAAGUGUCUGGUUACCCCUGGUGGCCAUGCAUGGUUUCAGCUGAUCCUCUUCUUCAUUCCUACACUAAACUAAAAGGACAAAAAAAGAGUUUUCGUCAGUAUCAUGUACAGUUUUUUGGCGAUGCCCCAGAACGAGCUUGGAUAUUUGAGAAAAGCCUUGUGUCAUUCAAAGGAGAACAACAGUUUGAACAAUUAUGCCAGGAAAGUGCAAAACAAGCCCUCCUUAAAGCUGAGAAAAUAAAGAUGUUAAAGCCUGUUUCCGGGAAACUACGGCCUCAGUGGGAGAUGGGCGUUAAGCAAGCCACUGAAGCACUAGGCAUGACAGUGGAAGAACGGAAAGCCAAGUUCACGUUUAUCUACAUUAGGGACAGACCUCAUCUUAAUCCUCGAGUCGCAAAGGAGGCUGGUAUUGCUGUGGAACCAUUGGAGGAAAUAGAUGAGUCAUGUUACUCGAAUGAAGAAACCACUCAAAGUCUGAAAUCGAUGAAGGAGUCUGGCAUUCCUAGCAAGAGAAGGAGGAGGACAUCAAAAUUGCUUGCAACUAAUGACACACAAGAAAGUGGUCAGUCAGGGACUAAGAAUACUACUCCCCAGAAAGCAUUUGAACAAGGAGAAGCCAAAAGAGGACUAGGCUCUCCCAUCAGUAAAAAGAGAGCUGCAGCAUCCAUUCCACGAAGCAGGAAGGGAGAUGCCGUGUCUCAGUUUUUGGUCUUUUGUCAGAAGCACAGAGAUGAGGUGGUUGCUGAACAUCCAGAUGCUUCACGUGAGGAGAUUGAAGAACUGCUUGAAUCGCAGUGGAACAUGCUUAGUGAAAAACAGAAAGCUCGCUAUAACACAAAGUUUGCCAUAGUGACCUCUCCCAAAUCUGAAGAAGACUCUGGUUCAUCUCUGAAGAAUAUUGGAGAGGCCAAACGUAAAGUGUUUCAAGACUCACCUAAAAGGAGAUCAAGAUCCAGAAGUAACUUACAUGGAAAUAAAAGAAACCAAAAAAAGAGGACAAAGGAACCUUCAGAAGAUUUUGAAGUUCAGGAAGCACCUAGGAAAAGACUCAGGAUGGAUAAACAGAAUAAUCGGAAGAGGGAGACAAGCAAUGACAAAACAGCAAAAACAAAGGUCACAGAAACCUUCUCUUCACAAAAGAACCAGUCAGCAACGAAAAAUCUGUCUGAUGCAUGUAAACCACUGAAGAAGCGAAAUCGGGCUUCAGCAGCAGAAUCUUCAACUCUUGCUUUUAGCAAGAGUUCAUCUCCUUCAGCUUCCUUAACUGAGAAUGAGGUAAAAAAAAAGUGGUCUUCACACACAGCCAUAUAGUUACAAAAAGUAUCAGGUGUAAAUCUUUUUUAAAAAUACAGAACAAAAAAAA